UUCUUGUUGCAUUGUACAUGGUCAGAUAUUUAACACUGGAAUAUGCUGAUGUUGAUUCGUCAUGAAGAGGCGUAAUGUUGAAAACCAAGUGAAGUACUAAAAGCAGGCUAAUGUUGUUUGCUUUAAACAUGGUAUUCUGAGGAAAAUUGCCAAUUUCUGCUGCACGCUGCAGUUAGUGAACCGAAGUGGUCUGACAGCCAUGCUGUUAUUCGGUGUUCAUUAUUCGGCACAUGAGCAGGGGCCUCUGUUGUGAUUGAGUAAUGAAUGCAUGGUUGCGUGAUAGUUGAAGCCUGGUACCGUGGAGGACAUCAAGGACUAUGAUGGCGUCCUGUCGAAUGUGGAGACGGGUGGCAAUCUGGGUGGUGGUGGGUCUUACUUACUUGGCCAUUUUUGUUAAAUGGCAGCUUAACGAAACGUCACCUUCUGUUGAGAUAAUUGUAGAGAGGCCCAAUGAAGAAGAUGCUGGAAAAUCUGGUGAACAUCAUGAGAAAAGAGAAAACGACGCUGUACCUAAAUACGUAAAGGCUGAUGUAGAAAGAUCAACUAUUUACGAUGAACGGCGAGAGAAAAUGAUACAAGCUUGUCGUGAAAAUAGAUACAACGGGCGUACAUUAAAUGCAGCAAGCACUGACAACUUCUCCAUCGAUAGAAAGAAUGGAAUCGUCUAUUGCGACAUUCCAAAAGUCGCCAGUACAUUCUGGAAACGGGUGCUGCAGAUAGCUUCCGGUAAACGACAGAAAAAUGACGUGUUCGACAUCCCAGCGCGCUCAGCGCACGCCGGCCUUCUGGAAACCUUCCAGAAAAAAGGCUUUGAUGAAAUCCACCAGGUUUUAUCGACCUCAACUAAGUUUAUGUUCGUACGUGAGCCUUAUUCAAGAUUAGUUUCUGGAUACAUUGACAAAAUAUUUACACCUAGGCCCGCUUACAGGGGAUUGCGGAACGAGAUAAAGAACUUCGGGAUUCGUGGUAACAAGACAAAGGUUGUCUCAGACUGUGCUCUUGAUAUUACCUUUACACAGUUUGUCGUUUUCUUGGUGGGAAAGAUAGCAGAAAACACUUGGAGAAAUGGGCACUUUGUUCCCAUGUAUGAUAUGUGUCGUCCGUGUGAGGUGCAGUUCGACAUCAUCGGUAAGAUGGAGACUUUUAACGAAGACGCUACGUACAUUUUCAAGGAGAAAGGAUUUCCGGCUUCGAUUCAGCUGGACGAUCAAAGGAACGACCUUGAUUCUAUCACUGACAUCGUAGACAGCACGUUCGCCGAAAAAGAAGGUAUGGAGAAAUGCCUACCCUUUGGUAAAGCUCUGGAGUAUGUGUGGAAGAAGGCGGUGAUUCGAGGUAUACUCAGCAAAGAGGAAAGUAUGCCCAAACGUUUCAUAGACCAAUCAAACUUCUCAAGAGAAGACUUCAAGAAAGCCAUGGUGGAUGCUUACCAUCGUUCGAGCAAAAACCCUGAUCGCAUGAACAACCGAAAAGAGGCACUUGUAGAAGCUAUACGAAGUGUGCCCAAGGACAUCCUGCAGAAAUACCGAAAACUGUUCCGACCUGAUUUUGAAAUAUUUGGUUAUGACAUGGAAGAGCCGCAAAUAUUCCAGGUUCGUCAGCCAAAACCUUUCUAUUUUGUGUAGGAUUUAUGGCAGCUUGACAGACAGAGUUGUGAAAACUAGUGCUACAUCUAAUAUGUAUCUUUUCAGACGUGCAAGAUAUCACAAUUCAACUGUACAUAAUACAUAUAUAUUAUAUCAAUGUACAGCCGGUGUGUAAGGAAUUCUUUUGAAUUUUUAUUGCUUUAUUGCUUCGGAACAUGUUAUUGUGUAUCCUAAAAGAAAUUAGUCAUGUAUUUGACGGUUAGUUUGUAUUUGAAGCGAGGCUCCAAUCGACAGGCCGGCCAUAAAUAUUCUGCAACAAUAUUACACAGGAUAUAAUACUAGUAUUGUGAUAUAACCAACUGUAUCAUCGAACAUUAUCCAAUGCCUAAGAAUAUUUAUAUUUUUCUAUUUCCCACGGACAACA